AGUGCGCAGCCGUGGCCCGGGUGACGAAGAUGGUGCUCAUCAAGGAAUACCGUGUAGUGUUGCCGGUCUCUGUGGAAGAGUAUCAAGUAGGCCAGUUGUACUCUGUGGCUGAGGCCAGCAAGAAUGAGACGGGAGGAGGAGAAGGCAUUGAGGUGCUGAAGAAUGAACCCUAUGAGAAGGAUGGAGAGAAGGGACAAUACACACACAAAAUAUACCAUCUAAAGAGUAAAGUCCCAGGGUAUGUGAAGAUGAUUGCACCAGAGGGGGCAUUAGUUUUUCAUGAAAAGGCUUGGAAUGCCUACCCAUACUGUCGCACCAUUGUGACGAAUGAGUACAUGAAGGACGACUUUAUGAUAAAGAUUGAGACAUGGCACAAACCUGACAUGGGAACAGUAGAAAAUGUUCACGAUCUGGACGAGCAGACAUGGAGGACUGUAGAGGUGGUACCCAUAGAUAUUGCAAACAAAGAAGAAUUGUCCCCUGGGGACUACAAGCCAGAAGAAGAUCCCACUCUUUUUCACUCUGCCAAGACAGACAGAGGACCUCUAGGCCCUGAGUGGAAGAACGAGCUGAAGACAGACUGUCCUUCCAUGUGUGCAUACAAACUGGUCACUGUCAAGUUCAGAUGGUGGGGUCUGCAGACCAAAGUGGAAAGCUUCAUCCACAGGCAAGAAAAGCGUAUUUUCACCAACUUCCACCGCCAGCUGUUCUGCUGGAUUGACAAAUGGGUGGGUUUGACCAUGGAGGACAUCAGGCGGAUGGAAGAGGAGACUCAAAAAGAGCUUGAGGAGCUGCGUAAAACAGGUCCGAUUCGAGGCACCAGUGCUGCUGCUGAUGAGCAAUGAGGCAAAUCAACCAAACCCUGUCACGAUGACGUCAUCCGAGACAUGUCCACCAUGAUGAGGAAGUGGCCCUGGCUUCGCGUCUUCUCUUCCUGUCUCACAUGAUUCAUUGGGGGGUUAUACAAGAUUGGUUAACAGUACUGUACAGAUCCUACCCCAAUCACCCCAAGUCUCCUGUUCACCCAAAAAACAAAAAAACAUGGUUUUUGAAUACAUAUAAAAAGGAAAAAAAAACUCUUUGCACAGAACGUAAAUUGCCUGAUAUCUAAUUGUUAGAUGAUUAUUACAAUGGGCUUUGUUUUUAUUCAGGUGUGUAAACCAUGACUCAGAAAGUCAAGCCUUUUAAAUUGAUUAGAAUGUUGUUUUUAGGUCGACCGAUUCCCACAAAAAUUCAUAUAUGAUGACUUUAACAGGUAUUGGACCAUUUAUCUCCACUCCCCCCCACUCCCUUGUAUUAUAAGUGUCUCUACUUUAAUCCUCGUCUCCCCCGCAGUAUUGUCUAUACUCUUGUUCUGGUAAGAAUUGUCUAGAUCUCCUCCCUGUGUUUCACUGUCCUCUCUGUCUGGCAGUUGGUUGGGAAUACUGAUGUUUCAUUUUUGUUUUGUUCUUGUUUCCCCUAUUUUCUUUUAUAGUUUUAAUUUCUGAGGCUUAUCUAUGUCUGCUUAUGGUUAAAAUUCAAUAUGAUGCUCAUGCAUGAUGGGUAAUUCCUCGCAAUAGUUUCUCCCCUUACAUUCACAUGUACUCACAUUUCAACAUGCACACACACAACCCCCCCCCCCCCCCCUCUCUGUCACAAGUGCAUGUGGACAACAGCUACUCCUCACUAAACAGUCAUUGCAUGUGUAUAGUCGCUGCAGUGCAGCUGCGCUCAAGUGGAUUGUUUGUGUUGACAAGAGAGAGGGUAACCCCUAGCCCCCCUCUAGGAGAGUGUAUACAAUACACCUGUGUGUUAUUGUGUGCAUUUGUGUGCUUGUUUGUGUUUCAGCUGCCUUCACUCUUUGGACGGAGAUGGAGAACGUUCAGCUUAAUAUCGAGGCUUGUGAGGGGUGUGUUCACACAGCUGUGCUCUCACUCUGUAACCAGCCUGUUGAACUUUGCCUCAUGCUGUCGCUCCAUGUCCUAUCUACUUGGCUAGGGCUUUAAGUGGAAGGCUCCCACUGCCUCCACAAAAGCUUCUUUUUUUUAACUAAAACAAAUAAGGAUGGGUCUGUGCGUUGUUGUGUGCAUGAUUCAAGGUAGUUUAUUUUUCUCAAACUACCAUUAACUAUCUCCAUUGACCGAGUAGAUGGGUCCAGACAGAUCUGCGAUGUUUGGUGCAGCUGUGGAUUCACAAGCAUUGUGAGUGUAUUGAUAACCCUAUACACUGAGUUAUAAGCUUUUCAUCUGCCUUAACCACAAGACAGUAUAAGGUCAGUCUGAACUUUUCUUGACUGUUUCUGGUUAAGAAUGAAUUUGCUUUGGCAAAAGGUGAAAUCCAUUCAACUCUUUCAGUCUAGAUACUGUAGUUGUUGGCUCCUCUAGUACCAGCCUUCAUCUGAAAGCAGGCGGUGACUUUACCCUGCUUUUUAAAGCAUCGAUUCUUUUAUUUUUCUGUUGCUGCAUUGACUUAAGGAUGUAGCCGUUUUAUUACAGCUGGAGCUGAGUUUAGCCAUUUUUAUUUUGGAUUGUGUGCAGCUCCUGUUGGGCUCUAGGUAAAAUAUUUUGUGAUGUUUUAUAUGAUCAUGUAGCUUAGUGCAGUUUUUCAGCCGUUGAUUAAGACUUUAUCCAAUCAGGUGUGAGUGUCUCCAAAAAUCGUAGGUUUGGUUGUAACCUAUCUGUGUGUGGUAUAUGUUGGACAGGUUAAAGGAGAGUUAUAAGUGUAUUUUAUAAUAGAAAUGGGCAAGCUGUACAUAAAAACACUGACUUGAACGGGAUAUUCACAGCUACUAGGCAUUGUCAGGUCUAUCAUUCAAAUACUGUAACUGCUAAAAGAAACUUAAAGGAAGUAGUGACGUUGUCGGUGCAGGUCAGCGCGUUGGACAGUGUGCUGUGUGUGUAACAUGGAGCCAGCUGUCCAUCUGUUGUUACUCAGACUGUACCAUGGUUUAACUGUACCUCAUCCAUGCUUACGAAUGUACAGCAAGGAAAUACAUGUGUCAGAGUAUAUGGGACGUUUUGAACUGCAGAAACACUGACAUGUUUCACACCUGCACAUGCAUGACAUGGACCCAUUGUAUCAUCAAUUCACGAGGACAAAUGGAUUGAGUAAAUCUAGAUUUGAUCUGCAUGCUCAACACUUUUCUGUUUUGUUUUUUCCAUUUUCCUUUCUUUUCUCUCAAUUAUUCCCCGUUUCUGUUUGAUCAGUUCAGUUUUGAGAAGCUCUUGCGCUGCAUCAGACAAAAAGGGAAUUCCUUCAAAAGGGCGGCUUAUUCUUAAAAUCAAACUGGAUUCAGCUCGACCUCUGAUAUACAGACGAGGAGUGAACAGCCUGGCAGUGUUUGAGGAUGACAGGAGCCGCCCUGUUAUAGAAUAAAACAGGCUGUGUGAUGUACAGUUUUGUAGCAUUACCAGUGAUGCCAGCCAGGGUAUGACUGUGAGGGGAGGGAUAGAACCUUAGGGAACUGAUGGAGUCCAAAAUACUGUUUCUUUAUUGUAAUCAUGAAUGAGCACUUGCAAAAUCUACUGUUUUUUUUCCUUUCGUUUUCUUUUUUUCUGUUUUUGAAAGACAAAGAUUCAAAAUGUAUUUCAAUUUUUCUCAUUUCUGUUAAGGCAAAUUUCAGGGGAAGUAGUAGUGAAUGUAAAAUAAUUAGUUCUUUUUUUUUCUUUUUCACAGCCAUCAAGCUGUGACAGAAGGUCUAGACAAUGGAACAUAACAGAAUAUCUAAUAAAUUUGAACAAAUAAGAGAAUAA